UCCGCUGCAGCAGACAUCAUUGUACUAGUAGAGGGGAGACGAUUCCACCGUUAGUGCAGGAGCAGGGAGUCCUGGCAACAAGGAGAGGCACACACUUCAUAGCCCAUUACACCGUACAGGAAUGGUGAGAGCACUUGGAGGCAGACAGAAGUGGACAGACAGAGUGGGAAUCACAGAGGGUCCCCUCAGACUGCUAGUGGAGAGAUUUAGACAGAUUGGUUCCCGUGGUAACCACUGGACCCUGGGUUCCAAUUGAGUCAACACCUUCUACCUGUACAAGGCAGGGCUGGAGGCCUGAGAGCACGUGCUGCGUUGUGACUUUGAGGACCUCUAUGGGCUGCACCGCUCGCUGACACACUGGAGGGAGAACGUAGGAGCUGAGCUGAAUGAGGUUCCUGCAGCAGUCCUGGAGGCUUGCUCUCAGAGGGAAAUGAUUCCACAUGAAUUGCAUGGAUCACUCUCCCAUAGCAGGCGUGACUUCCAUUGCUUUCGACUGAGAUCUGCAUCCAUUCAGCGCUGAGUGCAGGACCAACCCUCUUUCUGCCUCCGCUUCUCCCCUCUACCCCCCCCUACCCCCACCCCAACCAUAGAACCAGCAACGCAGCGGGUUGGCAUCCUCUGUCAGCCAGACAAACAGAGAGCAAGAGAGAGAGAGAGAGGAACUGAGGGGGAACGUCAGAGAGAUAAAGAGAGCAGGGAUCACUAUCUGGUACCGCAGGAGACAUUGAGAAACAGAAGCACCAUGAAGUCCAACCAGGAACGGAGCAACGAAUGUCUGCCACCGAAAAAGCGCGAAAUUCCAGCAAGCACCCUGCCUUCGGAGGAGCGGCCUAUGAUGGUUGCACCAGCCAGUGAGAGCCAGCGUGGUGGCAACCUAGCCUGGCUUGCCAAUGUGGCCAGCGGUCACGAUAACAGCAGCCAGCGCACCAGCACCUCUAGUGAACAUGACGGCCCUCAGUAUAAAUCGCUGGCAACCACGGCAGAGUACUCUUCCUCCUCUACGCUCUCGCUAUCAUCCAGAGUCCCUCCAAACGUGACCGCCCUCCCUGCAGUGUACACCUCAACCGUCUCCCAGCCGGGGGGCACCAUCCAGUACACCCCUCUACCACCCAACCUUCACUUCAUCAGCCCCUCGUAUGCUGCAUCCUACACUAGCUACAUCUCCUCUACGCUCCCGCCCCCCAUCCCCACCUCCAGCUCACAGCGGUCCCACACUGAGGCCUACCCUGGCGCCACCAACUCACCGGCACCCAAAACUGACCAGCACCACCAUCUUGGUCGUCCACCUGGCCUGUCUGGGUCUGAUGGUGCCCCUCCACCUCAUUCUGCCCCUUAUGUCCAGAUAGCAGGCUCCCCUGUCAGUGUGACCCCCAGGACUGCUUCCUCACCUCACGGCCCACUGCCAGUGCACCUCCACCCUCACCACACUCUGGCGCUCAGUGGUUCCUCUCAAGUUCUGGUUCAGUACACAGACAGUCCUGUGUCCAAAAAGGAGGAGAUCAGGCCCAGGGAAGUUCUGAAUGGGGAGCUGGAGAAAGGCCGGCGCUUCGGUCCAUCCUCCGAAUCCAGCACAGGGAAGCAAGGGAGCAGUGCCACCAAAGGGGCCUCUUCUCAGCAGCACCAGCUUCACCACCAGCAGAACCCUCACCACUAUGAGGCAAGGCAUGUGGUGCUGCCUGCUGAAUAUACACAGGAUAGCGCAGCACUGCGCCCCUCUCUGGUGCUAGUACCCAACAGCCACGGCUCCAGUGCUGGGGAUCCAGGUGGAAGCCCGGACAAGCUGCCCCCCUCCACAUCCCAUAGUGAGAAGGGGGGUAUUUGUAUGGGCAAGCCUUUAUCCCGCACUCCCUCGUCGUCCUCUUCUGCCACUUCCACUCAUCCCUUCCCAGCUCCUCCGCUGGGUGUGGACAGCCUGAAGGCAGCAGUUUCUACGCUCUCCCCCCACACCGUCAUACAGACCACACACAACGCCACGGAGUCCCUCUCCCUAGGCCUGCCGUCAACCAACUUCUACCCUGCUCAGCCACCUAUCAUUGGAUACAUUGCUGGGACAGGGCAGCAACAGUCUCUUAGCUACCACACUAGCCUGCCCCAGCACCUGGUUAUCCCAGGAGCUCAGCCUGUCAUCAUCCCCGUCAGCGGAGCUGGAGGUGCUGGACUGGAUGCUACUGCCACCUCCACGGCUCAACCCUUCCCUACCACACUGCCUCACGCGUUUGUCACUUCCACUGCCCCAAAAGGCGAACCCUUUGAGCCUCCUGCUUCUUAUCCUCACCCUGCAGGUGCUGUGGUACAGGCUCAACUCCAUCUACCUGUAGUCCAAGCUCCUGCUGGCUUGCUAGCCUCACCUCCACCUCCCUCUGCUCCAUCUCUCCCCCCUUACUUUGUCAAAGGCUCCAUCAUACAGUUGGCAGAUGGGCAGCUGAAGCGGGUGGAAGAGUUGAAGACGGAGGACUUCAUCCAAAGUGCAGAGAUUAGCAGUGAGCUGAAGAUUGACUCCAGCACCGUUGAGCGUAUUGAUGGCAGCCACACCCCCAACUUUGCCAUCAUCCAGUUUGCAGUAGGGGAGCACCGGUCACAGGUUAGCGUGGAGGUGCUAGUGGAGUAUCCCUUCUUCGUUUUCGGCCAGGGCUGGUCGUCCUGCUGCCCAGACCGGACCACGCAGCUACUGGAACUGCCGUGCACCAAGCUUUCGGUGGGUGAUGUCUGCAUAUCGCUCACCCUAAAGAACCUGAAGAACGGCUCACUGAAGAAGAGUCAGAACCAGAUCCUGGAACCUCCCAGCCUUGGACCACCACUCAAACCACCAAAAGCACCCUCCGGUGGGGGACGGGGGGGAAGCCGGCACGGAGAGCAGGAGAACGGACUAGGCCAGCGUGGGGCUCAGGGGAGUGGUCAGGUCAACACAGAGAAUGGAGAACUGAGGUUAGGGGAGAGAGAGGUCUGCAAACCUCCGUUGCCCUCUGAUUCUGAAUCUAGCGGCAAAGCAACAGGUCGCAAGAGGAGGUGGUCGGCCCCAGAGGGCCGUAAAGUAGAGAAACCCGAUGAGGAGCCCCCCUUGACUCUCCCUAAACCCUCGUUUAUUCCUCAGGAGGUUAAGAUCAGCAUCGAAGGCAGAUCAAAUAUUGGCAAGUGAAGGCCCACACAGGACUGUCAAAAAUGGAGUUUUGAAAAUUAAACGAAAAAAAUGCCCUUACAAUGUUUCUUUAUCUUGAUUUGAUUUCUUUUUUUUUUUAUUUCAAUUUUUGAUUUCUUUCAUUGUGUUUUCUAUCCGGAUUACUGUACCUUAGGCGAAAUUUACCCAUUAUUUACAUUUAUCACCUUAUGUGUAGUAAUAACACUUAUAAUAGAUGCAUUCAAUAUUACACAGGCAAUUGGUAUAAGUUUUAGUUGGGCAAAUCUGGGGCAGGUGUUGAAUGUGUUUAUUGAGCAGGAUGUGGGACACCUGAGCACUGCGUGAUGUCCUCCAGGAUAUGCUAUGUCGGUCAUUCAGUUUGCCAAGGCUUCUUUUUCAAACCUGCUGUACAUCUGUUGAAUCCAGUCAGAGUUUGGCCUGCUAUCCCUCUAUCAGUACUCAGUGAGACUUAAAGCAUUUAAAAAACAAACAGUUGAUGAUAUAGCAUAAACUGGGGCACCGUUGUAACAAAGUCUCACUUCUGUUCAAAUGAUUAUUAUUAUUUGUGGAAAUGACUGGUCUUGGGUGCUAUGGAUGACAUUGCUCGGAUGGGAGGACGGAAUCACUCCUUCACUGGUUGGAGGGGUAGACAUGAUGUCAGCCAUCAAGCUCAAGCAAUUUCAUCGACCUGUAGAACGUACCUAAAUAUACUAACAAGAAGAAACAAUCCAAAAACAUAAUUAAAAAGAACUUAGAGACUUGUCUUAAUUAUAGUUUAAUGUUGACUGAACACAGAUUGUUUUAAUUCUGACAGAAUAAGCGGCCUUAAAAUACUACGGUACAAGGCCUAAGAAAAGUGAUGUCAUCACACUCUGAAAGACCAGUCGAGUGAUGUCAUCAGGCAGUGCCAGUUUGUCCUUAAGUAAGAGGGAACUAUGCUGAUAUGCUUGGAGACAGCAGAGUCUGCUUUAUAUAUUCAACUGUUGAACCUUUCUUGUGUUUUUUUUGUAGGUUUGCUUUGUCAUUCUUUUCCGUCUCACUUUUUGAACCCUCCUAUCGUACCUGAUGGGUAGAUUUUUUUUGUCUGUGUGUGUGUGUGUGUGUGUGUGUGUGUUUAUGCCUGUUUGUAUGUUUGUGCUGAAUGUGUGAACGUAGCAGUCAGGGGUCACUUUCGGUUAUGUCAACAAAUAAUGGUUUCUUCGUCAGGGUAUGCAUGAGCUGAUGAUGUAACGAGAUUCAUAAAAACAUUCAACACUGGUUGAAUGCAGUGAUAUGAGAGAGAGAAGGGAGAGAAACAGAAAGACAGAGAGAGAAAGAGAGGUUGAGGAGGUGAUCACCUGCAGUCCUGUUUUCUUUUUGCAUUUAAAACAAGAGAAAAAGAAUAAUAUGAGAGAGAAAGUCAUGUGGAAGGGGAUGGACAGGUGGUCAACAUGAAGCA